CCAUUUGUGGGCACCCCAGGAACACAUCCGAAGCUGCCGGGAGGUCCACGUGGUGCUGGGGAACGAGGCUUGCGACCUGGACUCCAUGGUGUCGGCAAUGGCCUUUGCCUACUUCCUCGCAGCGACGUGCCCAGAGUCCAAGGCAGCCUUCAUCCCGGUCCUUAAUAUCCCCCGCCUGGACUUCCCGUUGCGGACAGAAAGCACCUUCUUCCUCAAGCAGCAGCACCUCCCGGAGAGCUUCCUUGUCUUCCGAGACGAGAUCGACCUCGUCGCCCUGCACCAAGCGGGCCUCCUUUCCCUGACGCUGGUCGACCACCACGUCCUGCCGAGCAGGGACGCCGUGCUGGAGGAGGCCGUGCUGGAGGUGAUGGACCACCGCCCGCUGGAGCGGGAGCGGAGCCCCCCAUGCAGGGUGACGGCGGAGCCGGUGGGCUCGUGCGCCACGCUGGUUGCGGAGCGGUUCCUGCAGGGCCCCCCGGAGACCUUGGACGGACUCACCGCGGCUCUGCUACACGGCGCCAUCGUGCUGGACUGCGUCAACAUGGCUCCCGCGGCCGGCAAGGUGACGCCGAAGGACGCCCGCUGCGUUUCCCUUCUGGAGUCGAAGUUCCCCAGCCUGGCUCCAAGGAACGUCCUGUUUGAGGCCCUGCAGAAGGCCAAGUUCGAUGUUUCAGGCCUCACCACGGAGCAGAUGUUGCGGAAGGACCUCAAGGCCCUCUCUGGCACAGGAACGGCCAUCGCCCUCAGCGCUGUGUACCUGGACCUGCAGACCUUCUUGCGCCGCCCCGGCUUGGAGCAGGAGCUGAGCUCCUUUUGCCAGGAGAGGAGCUUCGACGCGCUGCUGGCCAUGGCCAUCUCCUUCGGUGAGGGUGGCGAGCCCUUCCGGCAGCUCGCGGUGUACAGCCAGGCUGCGGAGCUCCGGGCUGCGGUGUGCCGGACCCUGGAGCGCUCCUGCGACCCGCACCUGCGCCUGUCUCCUCUGGAGAGCCCUUUCGCUGCCCUCUGCGCCUACGACCAGGGCAACGCCGCGGCCUCCCGCAAGAAGGUCCUGCCCGUCGUCAAGGACUUCCUGAGGGAGUGGGACCGGCGGGACCCCGCCUGCGCCGCCAUGCAGCCCGAGGCCGCGGGCCAGAGCCACGAGCCCAGGCUGCAGCCCGGGGGCGCCGUGAGCGGCGGGCCGGAGCGCGAGGCAACCCCGAAGGACCCCGCCAAGCCCUCUCCCCACCCGGGGGACGACCUGGCGGACGACGACGCCCCGCUGCCGCCCACUCCCAUGAACAGCCUGGUGGACGAGUGCCCCCUCGACCGGGGCCUGCCCAAACUGUCGGUGGAGGCCGUCUUUGAGAAGUUCAACCGCAUCACGGCGGCUCCCUCCUGCACGGACGGCAGCCCCGAGAAGAAGUGAGCGGCACAGGCCGGGCUCCUCCGGGGGCCGCAGUUGUGCGUGUGUGUGUGAGCGAGCGAGCGAGAGUGUGCGCGUGAGCGGCGGUGCAAGAGUCGCAAGGCCCCAUGCUGUGGGGCGUGUCCCACACGCAGCCCAGGGCCCCGCACAGCUGGGAAGUCGGGAUGCCGUGUCGGACGGAAACAAGGUGCAGAGAAGAGCGGCUUCGUGCGGAGUUUCCCUGCCUGGGGGUGGGCCGCGGGGAGCGAUCCGGCGAAGUCCGUCGCUCCUGCAACGUCGGUGGCCCCCCCAGGCGCGAACUGCAGCCCGGCCGGAGCCUGUGCGCGGGACCGUUCUGUUCCGGGUUGCUGUGAUGAGAAACAGCGACGUGCACAGGACCGGUUGCGGGAGCCUCGAGGUGGCGAGGGCAAGGGGUGGGGAGACGUGCAUCCACAGGGUGGUGUGGAUGAUGGGAUGCGGAGCUCUAGGAAACAGAGGAGAGGAGACUCCUGUGGGCCACACCUGCUCUCAAGACGUGGCCAGCAGCAGCCGUCUCUCCCUUAGUUCAACUAAGAGGGCCAGAGUGGGGCCAGGCCCAUUGCAGGCCAGGCCCCCAAGCCGGAGCACAGGGGUUAAAGCCACCCCCCCACGCUAACCUGGGAGGGAGGGAGGGAGCCACUGGCUUUCCCCCACCACUUGCUUCCACAUUGAUUCUGAGGUGCUGCGCAUUCGGGGGGACCAGUGAGACCGAGUCCCAGGAAGCCCUGCCUGUCGCAGGAAGGGCUCGUGAAGCAUCUUGCCUGUACCUGUGGCUGCAUGCAAAUGACCUGGGCUGGGACAGGGGAAGGAGCGCCUGCCUCUCUUGGGCAAGGGGGUGCCUUCCUCGCAUACCCCGAAGGCUGGGAGUUCCAGCACCCUCCCUGGGGACGGUAUUCUAGGCCGCCCAGCAGCGGCUGCUGUCCUGUUCGUUUCUUCUCUGCCCUGCCGCAAAGUCCCUUUCGAUCUGGCUCCGCUCCACUCUCUGCAGGGGGUGUCGGGGCCACGGUUCUGGCUUGGGAGCCCCUGGUCCCACAGGGCGGCUGUUCUCCGCUUGCGCAUGGUCACCUUUUCAUGGCCGAGGUGGUUCUGCACAUUUCGGGGACCCGCCUGUGGAAAAGCGUUUCUCAGGUCUGGCGCAGGGCAGUGAGACAUGGGGAGGGGCGUCGAUGCCAAGGCACCUUCUGGCCCCUCACAUUCCGUUCCGGCCUGGCUUGGUUUCGAAGCGAUCCAAACGUGAGCCGGAUCAUUUAACGCGGGUGUUACGUGUAUCCCUAAUACGUUGCUAGAGAGAUUGAGAGGCUUGCUUGGAAUGGAUUUAAUACACUUCAGAGGAAUAAAGAAAACUCACACCUUGUGACA